AUGUCGACCCCUCUUGUGCUUCUUCCUGGCGAUGAAGUGCCAAGCGAUCACCUACCACCUGCGAACAACAAUCCCCUUAAGCUUGGCCCUGGCUUAAAACUUCUCUCAGAGCCAACUCCAGCAUCAGAGAAACCCAGACAUGUUCUUACAGCCACUCAAGCUGGAAUUCUCUCGACCGACGCCAAGCGAAAUACUGUCUCGCUUCUCUCUUUUCCCAACCGCCGAUACAUCCCUACGGUCAAUGACCUAGUGAUUGCCCAAAUUCACCAUUCUAGUGCCGAUUAUUUCCACUGCAUGGUUACCCCGCACACAGCACACGCUUUACUGGGACAAUUGUCAUUUGAAGGUGCGAACAAGAAGACCAGGCCUAUGCUGAAGCAAGGCGAGCUGGUUUAUGCGCGAGUACUUUCUGUGGGCCUCGGUGCUGGCGCCGAGGUGGAAAUUACUUGUGUGAAUCCGGCAACAGGAAAAGCAGACGGAGGGCUGGGCCCACUGGUUGGUGGCAUGGUAUUCGAUAUUACAACAGGUAUGGCAGCUCGGUUGAUUCGCGCUAGCUCUUCUUCUCCCGACGAUGAUGACGCAGUUGAUGGAUUGGUGGUUCUCUCGGAGCUAGGGAGGAAGCUCGAGAGCAUUGGAGGAUUUGAGAUCGCUGUGGGCCGCAAUGGCAAGGUAUGGGUGGACUGCUCCAACGCAGGAGAUAGUGCUGUGAAGGCCACGAUUGCCCUUGGCCGGUGCUUGCAGGGGACUGACGAGCACAACUUGAACCCCGCCGACCAGAAGAAACUGGUGUCUAAGGUUCUCCGAGAAUUCAAGCUUGCGUGA